CCAAUUAAAAAAAACUUCAUCUAGAGCAAAUUGCACUUCACUCCCUACAAAUUUUCAAUUUUGCCACUUUCCGCCCUCAAAAUUCAAAAAGUGUGUGCCUUCAAACUUUUAUUUCUGUUACGCGUUGCUCUAAUAGCCAAUUUCGGAUGGAUUACUCACUGAAUUGCGCAUUUUUGUUGCACAUUACCCCUUAACAUAUUGUUUUCAUUGCACGUUGCUCCUUUCAAAAGUUAUUUUUGUUGAAUGCUGCAUCUUUAAAAUGUUUUUUUUUUGUUUGCACGUUGCCCACCGAAAAUAGGAUUUUGGGGGCAAAGUGCAACCGGAACAAUAUUUUAAAGGGGAGUCAUCUCGUUUUUUAAAUUUUAGGGGGAAAAGUGUGAAUCUAGAAAAUUUAUAGGGGCAAAGUGAAUGUUGUCCUUUAUAAUAAUACCUCAAUUCUUAAAAAGAAAAGUUUUGUUUUGUUUAUUGUUAUCUCCGUAUAGGGGAAAAGGUUUUGUUUUGUUUAUUGCAAUUCAAAAUUCAAAAUUGUCUCUCCACUCUCUCUCUCCCCCUCUGUUUAUCCCUCUACUAGAUCGGCUGGAUAGUCUUACAAGAAAUAAAGGCGUUAUUCUCGGAGCUCUCCCCAAUACAAAAUCAUCCCUCUUAUCUUUCUUGAAAUUCAGGGGGUGGGCAGCUUCAGACUCUGUCAGCAAAAUAACAUAUAGCCUCAUAUAAAUCAUCCUACAUUAUUUUGCUAUUUACAUAAUGUCUGGUCUUAAGAGCUCUCUCUCACAAGGGGUACCUAAACACAAGUCGGUUAAUCACGGGAUUACCGUUAAUAAGUACGCUAAUCCUUUCGAUUCGGACGAUGAUGAGUUGGAUAGCAAUCAAACCAUUAAAAACCCCGUAACCGCAUCAAAUUUGAGCACAAAUCCUUUUGAUGACGGUGAUGUAAAAGGUACCUCAUCAUCUCAAAUCCAUCUCUCUCCGGCAGCCGAAAAUCGAUACAAGAAAGAUUUCACAGACUGUGGGGGAUUCGAGAAUCGGGCCCCCCUACAAGAACUGGAAGAAUACGCCGUCUCUAAAGCUGAAGAGACGACUAAGACGGUCAACAAUUGUCUCAAGAUUGCUGAGGGCAUAAGAGAAGAUGCUUCUAGAACAUUAGUAAAUUUACAUCAACAAGGAGAGCAAAUUACGAGAACUCACAUGGUUGCUGCUGACAUGGACCGUGACCUUACUCGGGGGGAGAAGCUUUUAGGAAGUCUUGGUGGAAUUUUCUCCAAGACAUGGAAGCCUAAGAUGACUCGACAAAUAAUCGGCCCUACAAUCACCAAAGAUUAUCCAGUACUGCAUAGAACGGGAAACCAAUUAGAGCAGAGGGAACGAUUGGGGUUGACUUCUUCGGCCCCGAAGGACGAACGAUCACAUGCACCUCAUGAACCCGCAAAUGUAUUGCAGAAAGUAGAGGUGGAAAAGGUGAAACAAGACGACGCCCUCGUAGAUUUAAGUAAUAUUUUGGGAGAGCUAAAGAAUAUGGCUAUUGACAUGGGAUCUGAAAUUGAAAGGCAGAACAAAGCUCUGGAUCAUGUUCAUGAUGAUGUCGAGGAAAUUAAUUUCCGAGUGAAAGGUGCGAAUCAGCGUACCCGUCGUUUGCUUGGAAAGUAGAUGCAUAACUCAUUGGCUUGAGUUUUUGCAUGUAUGUAUAUUUGGUAUUCAAACUUUGAUAUGAUGCUAUUAUUGUGUUCAUAUUCAACUACAUUUUAUUAUUUUUAUUAUUAUUACAGCUCCUUGUUCAAACAACUAUUCAAAGUUUGUAGUGCCGCCCCUUGUAUGACUUGUCCAAAUACUCUUCCCUUUUUAUCAAAUUUGAUAUAUUGUUACCAAAUUUAACCAUUUUUUUCUUUACAAU